GCACAACGCUUAGGACUUCCUUUUGCUUCUUACAUUUGAUUUUCUAAUGCCCAGGCAGCACCGCCAGCGACAGCCGCCGAGUGUCCGGCCCAACGGCUGCUCCCUCGUCUGCUAUGGCAUCGUCGUGGCCACCGCGUCGCUGCUCCUGCUCGCCAUACUCGCUGCCACAGUCAGCAUCGUCAAGGCGUGCGCCCUCGCCGGCGCUGUCGCGGUGGUGUUCAGCGCUGCGGGCUAUGUCUCUCGGUGGUGCGCAGCAGAGGACGGCGCUGCUCAUGCGCUGGCGCUGCCCACGACGAUGGCGACGCCAGCCGCGCGCGGCCGCGCGGUGUGUGGCCUCGUUGACGCGGCGAUCGACGCGCUGCCGGCGUUCGCGUACGCGCGCCCUGCCACGUGUGGCGCAGAAAGUAGCAGCAAGUCCGGAAGACUCGCACUCUGCCCGGUAUGCCUGGAGGAGGUCGAGGCCGGCGAGAUGGUCCGGCAGCUGCCUGCGUGCGGCCACCUGUUCCACGUGGAGUGCAUCGACAUGUGGCUGCACUCGCAUGCGUCGUGCCCUCUGUGCCGAUGCGACGUCUCGCCGCAGGCAGUUGCUAUGACGGUCACGGAAGCUGCAGAUCCACCGCAUGGUGCGCUGCCGGUGAUGGUGAGCUGCUGAGAUCAUACUCACGGCCGGGAGUGCGACUAAGGUCGUCGAUUUUUGCUCAUGUCCUACUAUGAGCCCUUGGCUUCACCCAAAAAUGGAGAGAUUGGAUAGCUACUAAGCUAUUAUCCUUCGUUCAUCUUCUAAAAUUAUUAUUAAUAGUCAGCAAACCAAAACCAUCAAGCACAUGAGAGUGGUGCGUCAGAGAGAUCCACUAUCGUCUUUUCUCUUCAUCCUUGCAAUGGACCCUUCAGCGUAUGAUUGAAAUGGCAGCUCAUGAGGCGCUCUUGGGCCGAAUAUUAACGAAUGGGGCGAAGUUUUGUUGUUCUCUGUAUGCAGAUGCUGCGAGGAUGUUUGUUAGAGUAGAUAAACUAGACCUCAAAGUUCCGAAAAGAUUU